UCCUGAUUGGAUUGUAACGCUUACAUGUACCGCGUUAGGCUUAUUUGUUGUAUAUGUGUUUCAUAAAGUCAGAGGUCCGGCUUGUUUGAAGAAAUGCAUCCAUGAAAUAAUGGCCCGUUCAGAGAAGCCCCUUUUCCGAAUCGCGUACACACUGUACACUAAAACCAGACUUGGCUACAUGUACUACAAAAGGCAAAUGAAGAAAGCCCGUGAACAUUACCCUUCUGGACAUUCCACGUCUCAACCCACGGACUUCAAUGGUAUCAAAAUAAUUCCCAUCUCUGUGCUGUCUGACAACUACAGCUAUCUCAUAAUUGACACAGCCUCCAGUGUUGCUGUUGUUGUAGACCCUGCAGAUCCACAAACAGUUCAGGCUGUUCUUGAGGAAGAGGGGGUGAUGUUAGAAGCAAUACUCUGCACACACAAGCAUUGGGACCACAGUGGGGGAAAUAAAGGCUUAAAAAAGCUUCACAGCUCCUGCAGAGUCUAUGGAAAUGCUGCUGAUAACAUUCCUGGCCUCACACACCCCCUCUCUCACAAGGACUCAGUCACAGUUGGCUGUAUGAACUUUAUGGCCCUCUUCACACCUGGGCACACAGUUGGCCAUAUGAUCUAUCUACUGGAUGGCCGGGUGGUGGGUGCACCCCCCUGUCUCUUCUCAGGUGAUCUGGUAUUCCUUUCAGGAUGUGGGAGAAUGUUUGAAGGAAAUCCCUCAACAAUGCUAUCAUCUCUGGACACAGUUGCAUCUUUAAGUGAUGAUACUCUGGUGUGGCCUGGUCAUGAGUAUGCGGAGGACAACCUGCUGUUUGCUGCUGAGGUUGAGCCACGCAACGUUGCCAGGGAAAAUAAAUAUCAGUGGGUUCUGCAGCAGAGAAGCCAGAAAUUGUGCACGGUGAGAAUGAGUCCCUCCACACUCCAAGAAGAGAAGCAGUACAAUCCUUUUCUGCGCAGCCACUCUGCGGAGCUUCAUCUGGCCUUGGGCAUCCAGCAGUUCCAGGAUGAAGACUGGACCCAGUUCAGGUCUCGGGUGUUAGAGGAACUGAGAAAACGCAAGGAUCUCUAUAACAACAGAUAGCUGGGGAACAGAGGAAUAAACCCACAUGUGAAAGAGACGGUGAUAUGAAAGCAACGCAGUUGUAAAAUGCUGUUAAAACACUACAUUUGGUCAACACAACCAAUUUUACAAAUUUAAAGAGGCAUAAAUACAUUUUUAAUUUUUGUUAGAGAUGACAAGGAUCAAAGUUACAACUUGAUAAGUACAAGAUUCUAUUAACUCAGCCAGUUACCUUAACGUUUUUUUUUAUUUUGUUCAUUUUGCCUGUAUUGCCUCUGUAACUGAUCACUUCCAAGAUUUACAGUCACUGUGUAUCAGCACGUAAGUAAAACAAAAUGUUGACUGAUGAGAGUGUAAUUAGUCGAGGUGGUACGAGAAUGUAAUUAAGCACUACGGAACUAGGACUGGAUGUUCACAUAAUCCGUGGAAGAUCUGGCGCAACAAAAAGGUGACUGUUUUGGUGCUCUGCAGAAAAACAGUUCUGAAGGCAUCUUGUCUCCUACAGAUACUGGUACGUUACAGGAAACUCUAACAUCCAAACCUAUCCCACUUCUCCCCACAGCAAACUAUUAUUUUUAACUAAUUGUACUCACUUGGAGAUUGCAUUAGAACAUGUUUAAUUUUAUUCUAGGAAUACACCUAACAUUUCAGUUUAUUGUCAUGGGGGGCACAAGGGAGAACAAAAAGGAGCUUGACUCUUAAUUUGUUCUCCCACUAUAAGAAAACAAGAAUAAACGCACACACACAAAAAAAAAAACAACAACACAUGUAACAUAACAUUUUUCAGGGGGCCACUCUCCGAUAGUUUCAUACUUCCAGCAGAUAGUCUAACCCAGUGAUCAUCAACUGUAUGCCCACAGGCCAAAUCAGGCCCCCCUGGCUCCCUAUCUGGCCCCCAGAGAAUUAUUAAACUCAGAAAAUAUAAAAAGGGUUUUGCUUAACUUUUUUCUUGAAGUUUGAAUAAAACCUUUCACCUAGCAACUUAUCAAACAAGAAGCACACAAGUAUAUUUCUAUAAUUUGACAUGGUAAACGCAUUCUUAUCAUUCUUAUCUUGAUUAAAGCUGCUGUUUUUUUGUAUCAAAAUUUAACAUUAA